AUGAGCAGUUUACUUGUCUACACGAAAAUAUUGAGAAUUACGAGAUAUUUGGGCAUGAGAACGAAUCACAAAGAAGCCGAAACCACCAUGGAUGAGAUCUUUAAAUACUUCAACUUGAUAAUCACUAUUAUAUUUUGUUUGUGUGAAUGUGGGUUUAUCUAUUUGGACCAGAGUGGACGCACCACAGACACAGUAAUAUUUACAUUGAACCGUUUGAACCAUAUAAUCUUCAUCUUCGGCAUGUGUUAUACGAGAUUCAAAUGCACGAAGACUUUGAACAAAUUUUUCACCAACAUGGACCACCUCGCUGAUUCCCUACCGGAAAACUCGAAACUAGCAAAGGAAACGUUGUUAAUUUUACUAACCACCUCAGCGAUCGGUUUAAACCGAAUACCCAGCCAUUUUCGCAUCGAACAAAAAACGCUGAAUUUCUUGAUUUGGCCCAAACUCGCGGUCACUACCGUUUGGUACACGGUUUCGAUGGUAUGCACCUGCAACAUGCUGGAUAUCAACAACAACGCUAUAAAGCAAACCUACAGAUUUCUGAAGCAGACUCCGAGCAAUUGCAACAACUCAGAUUUCAUGUAUCGACUGCACUACUUGAAGAAAAACCUGAAUUUGAUAUCGAGCAAUUUGAAAUGCUUCAAUAAAAUUUUCGGAUGGAUCUGCCUGUCGUUGUACCUGGAUUUCGCGUUGAAUAUUAUUUAUGCGUUGCAAAUAACGAUGGGUAAACAAUCGUUUUUUCCCAUGCUACGCUGGAUAGAAAUUUCUCAGUGUACUUUACACGCGGUGAACGCCGUUACGUUGGUAAACAAAUGCGAUAGAAUCGAGAAGAACAUCGGCAAAUUCGUGGCGGUUUGCUACGGUUUCCACCAGAACAUACCCGAUAAAUGGUCGAUCGUGCGCGAGGAGAUGAUGAAUUUGGGCAAUUACGCCGAGAAAACGAUGCCCAAAUGCUCAGCGGCGGGAUUUUUCACCCUAAACAGAUCCACUUUGGGCGCCCUCUUCUCCUCUAUCGCCACCUAUUUGAUCGUUUGCAUACAAUUCAAUAUGAGCGAAGCGCAGAAGUAG